AUGGCAGACGACAUGGAAAGAGCAGAGCAGGUGCCUCUACGCAAACCGUGGCUACUAGAGUUUCGCUCUUCUAGCAAUUACAUCCUCGCUACAAUAUGCGUUGCUAUUUUCACAGAUGCCUUCCUCUACGCUGUGGUUGUUCCAGUUCUUCCUUUCAGUCUCCACGAAAGAUCAGGAGUGCCAGAAGAUGAAGUGCAAUGGUGGACCUCGUUUAUCUUUGGAAUCUUUGGCUUUGCUAUCAUUGUCGGCUCUCCUAUUUGUGGUUGGGUUACCGAUCAUACUUCCAACAGAUCUACUAGCUAUUUUGUGGGUCUAUUCGUCCUCGGAGCAGCAACUCUCCUCUUCGGAUACGCAACUUCAGCAUGGGUCCUCGUUGUCAGUAGAGUCCUUCAAGGCUUUUCUGCAGCCAUUGUUUAUACUGUAGGACUUGCACUUCUUGUUGACACAGUUGGAGGUGAAAAGAUUGGCCAGUGGAUGGGGACAGCUAUGUCAAUGUCAAGCUUCGGGCUCAUUAUAGCUCCGCUGUUCGGUGGCAUUGUAUACCACAGGUCAGGUUAUCUGGCGGUAUUUCUGAUGAUCCUAGGGCUUAUAAUUGUCGAUAUUGUCAUGCGUCUUUUUAUGAUAGAGAAGAAACAUGCAGAGAAAUAUCUCACAUCAUCGCUAGCUAACAACAUAUCUGGAUACACUACCUUCAGCAAUGAUCAUCAGGAUGAGCGCACCACCAGGGAAGCCCACCAGCCUGCGGACUAUAACACGCCUGGCAGUGAAGACUUAUUGGCAAUACCAGAGGAUAACAUAAGGGCGGAGAACAACGAAACUACUGCGCUUCUCCCCAACAAGAAGAGUUACCACAAUAGCAAGCCAGCUGCAGCAACGAAAGCUAGGCAACUCCCAACUAUUAUUGUUCUCCUCCUUUCCCCGCGCGUCAGUUCAAACAUUUAUGGCAUUUUCGUCAACGUAUCUAUUCAGGCUACUUUUGACGGAGUCCUACCCUUGUUUGUCAAAAACACAUUUCACUGGAAUUCACUCGAUGCUGGUCUCAUAUACCUGUGCCUCGCUAUCCCAGCACUGGCAGGGCCAUUCGUUGGUCAACUCUCCGAUCGCUUUGGUCCACGAUGGAUCGCAGUCCUCGGCUGCGCGCUGACUUCUAUACCACUAUUCUUGAUGCGACUUGUCGAAGAAAAUAAUACGCAGCACAAGGUCCUAUUAGGAGGUCUAUUAGUCUUAACAGGAUUCACCAACAUUCUUAUUGUCGCCCCUGUUGCUGCCGACCUUUCUACAUGCGUCGAAAAAAUGGAAGAGGAACAGCCCGGGAUCUUUGGACCGGGAGGUGCUUACGGUCAGGUCUUCGCUCUAUUUAAUUGCUCGAUGGCUGCCGCUACCAUGUUUGGCCCUAUUGUUGCCGGCGCUAUUAGUGAGCAGUACGGCUGGAAGGCAAUGACGGUAGCAAUGGGCAUAUUCUCAAUAAGUGGUGCUAUUCCAACUUGA